AUGGAAACAGUUUUGCGUGGUAUGGCUACUGCUAGUCUAAGGUCUUCGUUGGCAAAUUUGUCGGUGGAUGGCAGUGAAGAUGGUCGUGUCUCACCUAUGAACUCUUAUUUGCAACGGUUCAAGUCUAAGUCUUCGCAAUAUCGUUCUUUCAACCUCAAGAAAACGACUGGAAAGAACCAAGAAAUUUUGGAUCGUCUGGCUAAAAUUCGGUCGCUUCUUCCUCAGAAUCAUGUAACUGAUAAUGACCCUUUUAAAGCGACACAUUUUAAUAGAAGUCCUCGUCAAUCUACAGUUGCAAAAACGGCUCAGAAGUCAUCUAGUUCAGCUACAGCUGUUUGA